GCAUUGCGCCGUCAUCGACUUGGGGGCGGGGUUACGUGACGUCGUGGGAAGUGUCGUCAGAGCCCUGGUCACGUGCGCAGCAAACGGCCGCUUCUUGAGAUUGCUCCCCGUCGUGGUCGUCGUGAUCCGAGCGUUACCACUCAGACAGAGACCCUGUGGAUUACAGCGAGAGACGCCAUGAACGCCGCACAACACAACGACGCUGCUCUGGGCAUUCAUGUCAUGGAUCAUCAGGUCCGCCACUGCUGCCUGAACAAGAAGGAAAAACCGAGAUGCUUCAUCCUGAAGCGCCCCCCAAUCGGCACGGGCACCUUCACAAGCCAAAGGCUCAACCCCAUGACCACCACCACCACCACCGCCGUCGCCGCCGCCGCUGCCGCCGGCACCUCCAGGGAAGCCAAUGUCAUCAUCAGCACUGCUGGUGCUCUGCAGGCCUCUGGGGUUUCUGAUCCACGAGCUGAUCCGGAGGAGAUGCCCCCAUCAACAUCAUCCUCCUCCUCCUCCUCCUCAUCAUCCUCAUCGUUCUCACCGCUCAUCUACACCAAUGUGGAGUGGACGGAGUUUGUGGGGGCGGAAGAGGUGGCGGUGAAGGAGGUGGAAGGGAAGGCAGAGUUGGGUACGGAGGAGGUGGAGAAGAUGGAGGAGAUGGAGGAGGAGGAGGAGGUGGUGGUGGUGGAGCCGGAGCAGGUGGUGGUGGAGUUGGACGAGGAGGUGAAGGAGCUUGAAGAGAAGGCGGAGGAGGUGGACGCGGAGGAGGUGCAGCAUCCGCAGAGCAAGAAGAAGCAAGGGGCGUGCCUGGCGCAGGUGGCCAGCGCGCUCCGCUCGCUCCUCCGCCGCCUGCUGAUUUGUGGUGGCCGGCCCAUGGCGCAUUAGCGGGGUCGUGGUGGUGGUGGUGGUGGCGUCGGUGCCAGCUGCCACCACAAGCAGCACCACCCAGCCACCCACCCACCCACCCCAUUAUGUAUCGCGUUGUAAAUAAUUUCAUAGCUUUGUAAAUAAUUAUUGUAAAUAUUGUCAUGGCAAAUACAGACAGCAGGAAGUGAAAUGACGUUGCAGACUUUGUGGUGUUUGGUGCCUUCGAUUGUCAGUGCUGUGUGGGGUCUGGGAUCAUAAUGGCCGUGUCAGGGGUGCACCUCCUCCACAACCUCUUCCACCUUCCGCCUCCUCCUCAGACUCAUUCACCCACCCACUGAUUCACUCACCCACCCACUGAUUCACUCAC